GUCGUUUUGUGGGUUAUAUGCAAAUCAGUCUUAAUGAUUGCAGAAUUUUGUAAAGUUUUGUUGACACUCUAUUACAUCAGCCACUUGUCGUGCCAGCGACAACUAACGACCAAAUGGAAACUAGGCUUAACGAUACGGUUGGAGUGGAAAACCGGCUUUAUACGGAUCUCACCAAACUGAGGAAGCAACGUCAAUAAUUCUUAUCGCUUUUCCACACCUAGAUAUUCUUGAUUCAAAUGAGUAUAAAUAAUAUGUGUUUCAGCACCAGAUGAAUUCUUGCUUAAAAAAACCGUGCAAAAGUGGAUAUGCAUAUUGGGAUCACCCAUCAGGAGUGAAUGUCCAAGUGGAUUUUCAUGGAUCCUUCAGGUACUAAGUUAAUUAGUUUAUAGGCUACCUAUUUCCAUUUGUCUGUUAUAAUUCCUGAAUAAAUUAGACGCCUUAGUUAAAUGAAGUCUACUAGUAGUUAAAGCCGUUUAGAGAACUUUAAUAGACGCGUUUCAAAAAACCCGACAUGCAAGAUUAAAAACACAGGAAGAUAGGGGUUAAAUAAUGAGAUUCUAAUUCUUAUUGGUCGAAAGCUCUGACGUGGGCUUUUGCCAUUGAUGACAUCAUUUUUAAAGCCAGUCACAGCUCGCUCAGAUGCAUUAUCAAGUGAAUUAAUGGUGUCGUAUCCUUUUCAUCGGCAACUCUUUCUUUUGCGCUUCAAAGCUCGUCGCCAUCUUUCCUCGUUGUCUUUAGUACAUGAUGACAUCAUUUGUAUACUCAUAUAACUGAACAGAGAAUGAAAAAAUCUUAUUUAUUUGUUAAGACACGGUAUAUCUUACAUUGUAAAAUUUCUACUGGCAAACUUUGAACCUUUCAACCGUCAACGGCUAAUAUCAUCAGCGUACCAUUGUGUAGUAUAUUACUUUGGUCAUUUCAAUGUUAUCAAAAAGAGUUAAUUCAAGUCGAGCAUUGAAUACUGAGUUUCGUAUAAAUGACGUGAUUUGCCGCAGGUUGUAUUUUUGGAGUGCUGAUUUAUUACAAACCUCUCAAUGGCCUUUUUGCUGUUAAACGACAAGAUAAAUGCCAAUUCAGUUUAGAUAUAUGUAUCGUUCAAAGGGUUCUUAACGGUCUCACAUUCCUCUAGUGGACGUAAAAACGAAAACCCAAUGGAAAUAAAAUCAAACUCGUUGGUUAUUUUUAGUGUUUUAUAUUUACAAUAUUUCAUUUUUUGCUAUAGUUUCAGUGUUUCUGGUAAUCAUUCGGGAGUGAAGCAUGAUGCAACUGCAUUUGUUGGUUGUUCACAGAACCAGGUAACAGCUACAGUAUAUAGGUUUUGAUGGUAGGGAAACUAAAGGCCGGGUUAGUUUAUAAUACGAAUUGAAAUUUGGAAGGGAACUAAACUAUUUGUCAUGCAAUUGUCAAAACUAUCAAAUUACAAAUACACAUUACGUAACCAUUAUAAGAAGAAGCGCCUCAAAAGUAGUAGAUAUUAAAAUUUUAAUAACCCAACUUAAAUGAAGAAGAAAAGCGUUUGAAAAAUUGCCAAUGAAUAUUUUCUGGAUUUUUCAUGCUUAUAGCUGUCCCAUACAUUCUGAUUCAUAAGCAACAUUUGGCUUAAUAAUUGAUAUAAUAACAUUAUAAAAUUAGUGACUUAAUUAUUCUCUGGAAUUGAGUUGCUUCUACUCAUGCCCUUGUUGACUCAGCACUUAUAAUUAAUUGCCACUAUAUGUGAAAACUACCCUACACGAAACCUCGCGAGACUGGUGUCCAUGUAACCAUGGAACUGAAAAAAUAAGAGUUCAAAGCGGAUCGUUUAGUAAAAUACCAACAACUGUCACUCAAACACCACCAACGAACCCAAAUUAAAAGUAUUCUUCUCUUAUUUAAGAUAUGUUGCGGAUGUUUUGGCCCAGUUGGUGGUACGGAUGAUUACUGCAAUCCUGACUGUACGGCUAAAAAUGGCGGAACUGUUAAAAAGGACACUUACACAUGGUUUUGGGUUAGGACAUCUCUUCCGAAACGUGUUUGGCACAGAUGUAUGGAAUACAAAGUGAAGAAUGAAAAUGGCGACAUGGUCUCGUACAAAUUGUUGGAUGGAAAUACCACACCUGAAAAGGUAACAGUUAAAAGGCAACUCGAAAUAAUGGUUUCUGAUUUACUGAAAACUAAAGAAAGAAUGAUACCUUUUGGUUUUCACGUGAAGUCGAUUAAUUUACUAAGAAUAUAAUUUCUGAAUUGUCUCAACCACAAUCAAAUCCAAAGUCUCUUGAUUUACGUAUGCCGUAAGUGAAGUAAGUCUCAACCGUUAAAAAAUCUUUCACGUAUUAAUGGACGAAGUUGAUUUUUUUGAAAAUGGCCAACAAUAUCGUUAUUUUUUAUUUUUUGCAGGGUGGCUGUCCUAAAGAUGAUGUCUUGUUAAAUGAAGGUGUAAGUGACAUGCUAAUGCUAAUAUUUCAAAGAUUAGAGCCAUAAGAGUAAUGUAUUGCAAAGGUGGAAGGAGAAUAUUUUCUAUUUCAUAUUCAAUAUUCCUUCGUACAAUGUUCUUGAAAUAUGAACUUUAAAAUACAUUUCUAUAAAAAAAUAUUCAUGAAUAUUCAAACUACAAUUUAUUUUUAAAUGUGUAUUUGGCCCCAUAUUUAUUUUUAAAAAACCUAGUAUUCAAUAUUCCAGUAUUAAUUCCGUUUCAACCCAUGCAGGAUUAUAUAAUUCAUAUCUUAUACCUCUACCUCACAUUAUAUAACUGACAGCCCUUGUUCAUUUCUUACUACAGUAUCCUUUAUAACAAAAAUUACUCCUAUUGUAGCUUAAUCGAAAAUUUUAAUCACACGUAUUGCACAGACGCGUAGACCCUUAUAUACAUGAUGCGUUUGCCUCUCUUCAGAUUGUCGUAGUUCCAGAUAGUGAGACAGAAAAGAAAGUGCCUGCAAUUCCUGGAUUGUUAGAAUAUCGCAAAGAUAAUAAGGAACUUUAUGUAAGAUCUGAUAAAACAUGGAAUGUUAUCGCACAGGAAAGCAAG